AUGGUCCUUUGCCUUAUCAUUAGCUGUGGGAGCAAAACAGGGAAGAAGCGGUCUAACGUCGAAAAAGUAAGGUUUUUCCGUGUCCCACGUGUUAUAGUCAAUCAAGGAGAGUACACCGAAGAACUUACUUCUGAGCGAAGAAUAAAGUGGAUCUCUGCGAUAAGUAGAGAAGACUUAACUGAUGAUAUUUUAGAACGCGAUCGGGUCUGCAGCCAGCACUUCGUUUCAGGAGAAGCUGCGAAAGAUUGGGAUCGAUUCAACGUAGAUUGGGUCCCUACCCUCCAUCUUGGUCAUUCAAAACAGCACGUAAAGGAUCCUGAAGAAGCAGCUGCUCGAGCACAGAGAGCUGCCAACAGACGCAAACGUCGAGCAGAGAUCGCAGAAAAGGAGGUGGAAGAAAAAGGGAAACGAGUGGAUGCUACAGGGCAAACAGCUGAUGAGAUAUUCUACGUGGCCGAGCCCGAGGCCGAGGCUUUGAGUGUUGAUGACAAAGAUCCAGAAACCAAGGAAGAAUUAUACGGAAGUCAUGACCAGAAAACAAUGAAUGGUGAAAGUCAAACGCCAGAGUCAGGGGUAAAAAUUACCCAAAAUGCUGAAACUCAAACACCUGAAUUUGAAUAUUUAUUUAAGCAAGCUGUUCUGCAACCUUUUACUGAGGAAUAUUUUGCUGAUCAUGGUGACAGGGUGAGGUUUUACACUGGUUUGCCGGGUUUUGAUGUGCUCAAAGCAACUUUUUCUUUCAUCAGUCCAUUCGUCACUCGAAGGAGUAAAAGCUUGUCUUUGUUUCAAGAAUUUAUUAUGGUAGUAAUGAAAUUAAGAUUGAAUGUUCCUCUGCAAGACCUUGCGUAUAGGUUUGGCGUUUCUCUUAGUAUUAUUUCAAGAACCUUCUCCACCUGGUUAACUGUGAUGGAUAUCGGGCCUUCCCCUAUCAUCAGAUGGCCUGAUCGAGAUGAGGUCUGGCACACGAUGUCUCUUUGUUUUCAGUUCUCAUUUGGAAAAAAAACACCAUUAUUAUUGACUGUUUUGAGAUCUUCAUAG